AUGGACUUCCCUGGGGGCGCAAAUACCAACAUACAUCUCGUUGAUGGGUUCUCCAACAUCUACUGGAGAAUAUAUACAGAAGAUGCUGGGAUCACGAACAAUCCACAAGACGGCCCCGCUAACGGCUACACCAUUCUCAAGCAUCUGAGUCGCCUCAAAGACUUAGAGGCUCGGUUGAGAAACCUCAACUGUCUAGCAUCAUGCCCAAGACGCUUGGGACUUUGGAUUUUCUCUCCUACUCCUGACUUCAAGAGCCUAGAGCCUUUGUAUGUAAAGGGGAGCGACACAGAAUCCAACAACAAAAUUGUCGUUGGUACAACGAUUUUGAAAGUCUCUGCAUCGGGAAGUGUAUCUUCGCUAGACUUGGUAAAAGGCCUGUCGUCCGACAACCAGAAUCAGCAAGGUAGCCAACCUGCUGGCCAGCCCCGCUCUAAUCAGGGACAGUCUUCAUCUCGACGCCAAGAUGGUUAUAACAGUUCAGCGGCGAUUUAUGCGUCCUUUAUAUCGGCAGUUACCGGGGCAAUUAGCCUUCAAUUGAUUCGACGUCAUGCCGCCCUACCUCUAGGGUCGCGCACUCUCUUUACUGCCGUAGCAACGCCGGGAUACGAAAGCCCCUUCAUCAACAAUGACAGCAUCCUGUCCGACUCUUGUUUAACCACCCUCAAUGUCCAACUCACAGUUGGUGGGACGAUCACUGUUUCUACCCAGACUAUAUCCCAAACGGGCAUUAUGCGACUGUGCAGUUCCCGGGAUAACGUUGCCCAUUUACUCGACAUGCAGCCUGGAAUCGAUAUUUGGCUAUGCCCGAACGGCACAAUUGCUAGGCUUGUCACGGCCAACACUGAGUCGCCAAGUGUAUCCUCCCCAGGACACCCCGCCGCUGUCAACAUGGCUUCAAAACGAACACAGUGGAAAAUGGACGUUGCGCAAUGGUUGAGAAAUUUUGGUUUACAUGUGGACUCAAUUGAGGAUGAAUCCUGGGUUGAAGUGGAGGUUUGGGAGCCAUUCUUCGCAAGGCUUGCCGGAGAAGCAUGGAGACACAGUGACGAUAAUCAAUCCACAUUGCCGCUGAAACGCAUGCUAUGGCCAGCGCGAUAUUGCUUCAGAAGGGCUACCUCGUCCCAUUUCUCUGCCGGGCCCCGGAUCUCCCUUCUUGACGAACCCCUAGAUUUUGCAGAGCAAUGGUUUACGAUGGCAAGCUCUCUCAAGCUAGACCAUACUGCUCAUACUACUCAGAAUACCUCUGCCACUCAAGACAUUCAACCAAAGGGCCAAGACAUGCCGUCACCGUCCAAGACCGACAACCUGGAAAACAUAGAGAGUUUAUCCCGAAUAGCACAAUAUCCCGAUUUGCAGAAUACGAAUCUUGUUUACCCCACUCCUCCAGAUGGGGCUGUGGCAGUUGGAUUGAACAAUCCAAACCCAUCCGAAGCCUUUGUCGAGGAAUCCGACCCUGGAUUACCCCAUGUAACCCAAAGGAGUCCAACGGAGGAAGCUCCAGGGUCCGAUACCUCACCUUUCCAGGAUAACGGACUCGGGGUUGGCACAGGCAGAUAUGAUGCAAGCGAUGAAGAAGAUCUUUUUGGGGAAAUGAAUGACCGAGAUUUCGGAUCGAAGGGCAUAACUGAUGCAGACUUCAGCUUUUUUGAUGACCCCGGUUUUGAAGGAAUGAGCUGUGAUCCCCCUCAAGAAGAUGCAGGUGAAACUGUCGAGCCUUCUCCUCCACCUGAUAUAGAAGCCGAUGCCAUGGCGGUUCACGGAGAUCAGUCCCCUGUACAACAACCGGUAAUUACAACCCAACCUGAACCACGUGAGAUGACCGCCUCUCCGAUAAACGUUGAGGUUUCCCAAGAUGUCGAUGAACCCAAGAUCCCGAAGGAAACAAUUCACUCACCUACAGAUCGGGAAAGUCAGACGAUCAGCCCACCUCUGAGCCCAGUAGAAGUGAAAAGGAUAUUGUUUCCGAAGCCCGAGCCAGAAUCUUCUGAAAUCCCUACAAAUAACCGGGAGCAGGGUCAUUACAACCCAGUGACCUUUCGAAAGAAACUCGGUGAUUGGGACCAGAAGUAUGGAGCAGCCGGCAAGUUCUGGUUCUCUAGUGGUGGCGCUUUGGACACUCGACAGGCAUCAGCCAUACCCAUAAUCGGCAUUCCGCCUCGCGAGAGGGUCGGCAAAAAUGUAUCUGGCUCCGCGCAAGAACGCAGCAAGGUUGAUCAGUCUAUCAUACAAUCGGAAAGUAUCCAACGAUCGGCCUCCGUGACCAGUGAUAGCAGUGAUGACAGUAUUGACAUCACCUCAGAGCACGUUUCCACCCCAGCAACCGUUCCCUCAAUGCCCACGUUGAAACGUAAACGUGCGCCUUCAGACUCUGAGAUAUUGUCCGUUGCUUCCCCGGAGAAAACUGCGCCUGGUACGGAAGCGAGUCCUACAGAAACAGCGAGAAACUCUACUUUUCUCGGCAACUUCCUAGCCAAUUUUUCAGAUUGGACUUUGACUGGUUACUUCUCUGCAUCUCCGCCUCAACAGCUUCCAGUACUUGCUCGCCGUGAAGGUCAACUGGAAAUUGCCCAGCUUCUGGUUGAUCAAAUCACGCAAUCGUCCCUCAAGCACCCACUUGAUGGGACAAUCGGUCUGUUUGAUAUUGAGAGCCAAUUUCUGUCCCUUCAGACUCUCGAUGAUACAAGCCUUCUAGGCGAAGUUUCAAGAAUGGACCUCAAAAGAUACACAUCAUUGCAAGACGAGUUUAUAUCGAGUCAAUUGCAACCUCGACCACCGCAACAUCCGCCACCACCUAGAAUUCCCCCAAAAAGUUUUAUCACGAAGCUAUCCACGCCGCACGUACGUGUGCGACGAGGCGCAGAAUACCUCGAUGCUCUUCCUCCGGCUGUAUCAUUUUGGGAAACAUUUAGCCUUCAACCUGCUCAUGGACCAAAGAAUAUUUCCGCUUAUUGCUUGCACCCACCGGCUGCGUCCAAGGCAGCAGAUGUCUUCCUAGAUCGGUUCGGUCUUCUAUACCAAAGCUGCAAUCUUGGAACUCAUACUCGAGGAGAGAAUGCCGUGGCAUUUGAAGCUGGGCUCAAGCCAUGGAAGUCUGAAACAUCCAGUUACGAAUCUGUGAUGCGGGUACUGAAGAAAACGUGUGAGGAGCUUGGCUCGGAACUUUCUCGAUCCCUGGCGACUGCCGACAAUUGCGUUGUUUAUAUCAUUAACCCUUUCACCCACGCCUCGGCUCUCGCAGACAUUUGUUGUGCCUUCUGGCAUCUGUUUCAACAAUUGGUCGCUGAUUGUGAACGACGACAGGCUCGACAUGUCAACGAACUUGUUUUGCAAAUAAUUCCGCUAGAGUUUGUCAUGUCGAGUGACUCCUUGGCUAUGCCUCCCCAGACAGAUUAUAUGAAUCUGGCCCUGGAAGUCUACAGUCGAUGUCGCCCUCAUGAUGAGGACAUGGGCCCUCUGCUCUGUGCCCCGCCAAUGCUCCUGGCCGACCGCGUCCCAAGAGCCAUAAGUUUCCGACUUACGCCUGAAAUGUCAUCACCGCUCCAGGAAGGGCGAGGUCUUCAUAUUGCCUGCUCCAAGAGCCUUGAUCAGCGCUGGGUAUCGGUGGCAUGGUCUGAUGCGACAGGCUCCAUACAAAGAACCAUGUCUUACUGCCUGCGGUAUCGUCAAACGAGUGCUGCCAGACCGAUGUCCGAGGUAAGAACCGAAAUCUGGGCUACGACAAAACACAUCAUGGACCGGUUCAAGGCGCGAUGGAAAGUUCAGCUGGCAACCACUGACCCUAUGGAACCCGAUGAGGUUGAAGGUGAAACUCAACAUUCUCGUCAUCGAAUGAAAAUCACUAACGCAUUUACAGCAUGGGCCAGUCUAGCAGACCAACUCAAUAAGUCAAGGCCCGGCUCUUUGGAGUUGACCAUCCUGGCUGUCAACACUAUUCCCGACUUGAUCCUAGAGCCGCCAAUUCCACCCGUGUCCAUGGCUAUGCUCAACAUACUGUCCUCUUCCACCCCCGUCUCGACCCCCAAUGCAAAUACCAGUGUUGCAUCCCCCGAACAAUACGGCACUGCCGCCACGCCGAGCAGUGCCGGCCCGACCUACAGUGCCCCCACGCCAACAGAGAUGCCACUCGAAACAGAUUCCGAAGCUGUCAUCACUGAUAUCUCCGACGACUCCUGGCUAGCCAUCCUAUCCCACCGACUCAACAGUUCUCCCCACCUCACCGAAUUCCGACCCGCCCUCUCGAGCGGGUAUCUCCUCCGUCGCAAAGGCGCUACUGAUAAUGACGGCGUGUUCGCACUCUCUGUCAAUCUCAUUUACUCUCCACGCCCACCUGUAUCUCACGACAACGUGCUGAAGGAUACCUUGAGUAUGUAUCGAGACUUGGGUUGUUUGGCUCGAGCCAAGGGUCUACGCAGUGUACAGAACAACACGCUACCUUGGCAUAUCGCCACAGCUCUUCGCGGACAAGAGCUUCUGAGUUAUGUUUUUUAG